UCCUAAUUUGACUACAGGGAGGAAAAUGGUAUAAAGGAAAGUCAGAUGGCUCCAGUAGACAGAGGGAUAGAAACCGUUUCACUCUGCCUCCAAACUCACUUUGUGUGACACUCAUUGUGGCAGAAGAAAAGCAGCAGUGAUGGCUGAUGUAGUAAAUAUCAUGGAAGCUGUAGCCACAGCAUUGCGCUGCAUGGAAAAGGUGACUUCCUUUGCUUCCUCCUUCAACCCCAUCUUUGGCAUAGUCUCCUCUCUGGUUGCAGUGGCUCGCAAAAGCCUGGUUGAAGAUGAGGGCCAUGUUUUAGACAAGGGCUUCCAGGCAAUCAACACCAAACUGGAGAGCAUCUCCCAAAAGAAUCACCAAUGCCGGAAGAAGAUCUACAUUGACGAGGUGAAUGAAACCUAUGGCAAGCACGAAGAGUACAUCAAGCACCAGUAUGCUGCCUUCAAUAGCAUGGUGGCGCAGGCGAAGAAAGAUCCAGACAACACCCAAAACUACAUGGAGACCUUUAAGAAGAUUUAUGAGAAAGACAAGAGUGAUCUGAGCCUGGAUGUGUACUACAGUGGUGUGAUGGGUACCAAUCUGUUUGGAAGAAACUUGCUGGAGGUGUACCUAGAUAACUGCGAGGGCGACCGUGAAAUCAUGGAGCGCCACUGUUCACACAUCGCUCACCUGUUCCACAUGGGCCUCAUCACCCUCACAGCCUACACAGCUGUUACAAAGGAUGACAAAGACAAGUGCGGGAAAAGUGGGCCAAGAGGGUGGGAGACACAGUGGAAGAUGCAGGAGGUGCUCGGUCAGUGCAAAGACAAGUUGUCCAACAUAGUGCAGCAGAGAGGAGGUCCUCUGGUUUCGUGUUAACAAC